AUGUCGAGUAACCGCACACGAUCUAUAGAAUCAUGGUCAUCGUGUGGAGGAACGUUAUGUCCAUCCGACCUUGUAGAAUCCCGUGGUUGCCUGGUAACUGACGUCACAAACUGCGAGUUCACUGAUUGGAGCAUUUGGACCAUGUGUUCGAAUAGUUGCGGCGAUGGUGUCGUCUCAAGGAGCAGGCAAAUGAUCUCUCCAGCUUAUUGUGGAGGGGAGUGUGAAAGUGAACACACGUACGAAGAAGUGGCAUGUGAAUCUUAUUCUGCAAGACAAAAUUGUACGGUGUCAGACUGGAGUGAAUGGAGCACUUGUAUUCGAAGUUGUGAAGGUGGUACAGAAUACAGAAACAGAAGUCUUAUUUCUAACCCUGUUUGUGGCGGCACUGCAUGUCCGAAUUUAACGGAAUCUCGGUCUUGUCAGGAACCGUGCGAACAAACUUGUUUUAAUGGGAUUUGUGGUUGCCAGCUUGGCUACCGGAUGAACGUCGACAAUAUCACGUGCUCAGAGAUUACGUGUCCUCAGCCGAGAAUGGAAUACUGUCCGAAAACACAUAGACAGUCAAUAGAUUGUAGAUAUCCGAAGUUCAGUUGUUCAAUGGGCUAUACAUUUAACCAAACAUGCAGCGCCUAUUGUGCUGAUACUGACUGGGUCCUUAAAGGGUCACCGCAGAAUAUUAGCUGCAAGGAAGAUGGCUUGUGGACGGAAACUCACAUAUACUGUCUCAGACCUAAUAAACCUCCUAUAGGGAUCACGAUAGACGAGACAGUAAUGGUAGAAAACACACCUCAGGACACAUGUUUCGCUCAUCUCUCAACACUGACAUCGGAAGAUGAAAAAUCUGAAUUCCAUUCCUACAAUAUAACAGCUGAUGAUACAGGACGGUUUUACAUAAAGGAAAAUAGAGUAUGCCUCACAAGAACUGCCAAUUACGAGGAGACACCGGACAGAUGGAAUGUCACAUUUCGAAGUUCUGACAUUGAAGGGGAAUAUGUUGAAGAGACUUUCGCCUUUGAAGUUUUGGAUGCUAACGGCCCGCCCUCAUCCGUGAAGCUUGAGCCUGAUACCGUGCCGGAGAAUAGUCCCGCAGGUACAGUCGUUGGCUGCUUUAGUGGCACAGACGAUGACCCCGGCCAGAACUUGACAUUUACACUGGUAAAUUCUCUACAGAAAAAGUUCACAACGUUCGACGAGAAUGGACAAACAUGUUUGAAGGUAUCUUUAGAACACUGUUCACUUGACAAUCCCUUUCAGCAUGUGUAUCAAUCACAACCUCUCUGUGCUACUGAUGGAGGGGUUUACUGUGCGCUGAACAGGGAAUGGAGAUUAGAGCAUCGUGUCAAUGUGAAGGUCACAGAUGACGGAACCCCACCCAUGUCGUCAUUAUUUGAAGUGCCUGUCUAUCUUAGUGAUGUUAAUGACAGACAGACAGCUGUCAAAAUCAUUCCAGCCAUGCUUCCUGAAAAUGUUCCACCAGGUGAUCCACUUGUGAAGUUAGUGAGUGUCGACGAGGAUGAGAAUCAGACUUACACAUAUCGUAUUGUUAGUGAUGCCAGCGGGUUAUUCAGCAUUGACGGAGACCAUCUCACCGCCAGUAAAACAUUUGAUUAUGAAGCAGAAAGCGAAUCAUUGUUUGAAAUUGAGGUUGAAUCGACUGAUGAUGCUUCGCCACCAUUGACUGCAACCCUGAAGCUGAAGAUUGGAGAUGUGAAUGAGGCUCCCUUUCAGCUCCAAGUGUCAUCAUUAAAUGGUGUCUAUCCUUAUAAUCUAAAUGCACCUCGUGUGCCAGAAAAUCUUCAAGGUAUCCUGGGUACUGUUAUGGUUAAAGACCAAGAUCUUGCUGAUGUUGUUGAUAUCUCCAUUGGGAGAAAGGAAACAGAUUUAAAUAACCUCCUGCUGUCGCCGAGCUCUUGCACAAAAAUGAUCCACCAGAUGUACUGCACAGCGACGUUAUCAAUGAUAACAGCUUUCAAUUAUGAGAGGAAUAAAUUUCAUAACUUUUCAUUAAUUGCAACUGACAAGGCUGGUGAGGCAGCAGUUCUUAACGUCAGCUUGGAAGUACUUAACAUGAAUGACCCGCCCUCUAGGUUUCUUUUCAAUGGCAAAGAGAUUCAGGAAAUAACAGUCCCUGAGAAUAAACAAAAUUUUAAAGUAGGAGAUUUCUCGGCCAUUGAUGACGAUAAAGAAGAUAAACACCAAUUCAAACUUGUCGACUCUGCCAAUGGAGCUUUCUUGCUGGAGGGAAGCUCACUGAAGACAUCAAAAGCCGACAUUAUUGACUUCGAGCGCCAGCAUACUUAUAAUCUAGUUAUAUCGGUCACUGACGACGGUAAACCGAGACAAACUGCUCAUUUUGACGUAACUGUGAAAAUUGUAGAUAUAAAUGAGCCGCCAUCUUCAACACUGCUUUCAAACAACAAGGUUAAAGAAAAUAGUCACGAGGGUGUAGUAGUUGGAAAAUUAACAACAUCAGAUCCUGACAAAAUUAUAGGAGAGAAACAACAUUUCAUUUAUACACUGUCUGAUGAUUCGCACGGAAGAUUUCAGAUUAGCGGAAAUACACUUAUGGUCAGAACAUCUCCACAGCUGUGUGGAUUGUCUACAUGUUUGUUAGAUUAUGAGAAGGAAAAGAGUGUUACAGUAAAAAUAAUCACAUUAGAUGAUGGCGAACCAAAGAUGCAAAGAGAAGACAGAUUUAUUAUAGAUAUUGAAGACACGAAUGAUCCACCGACUGAUAUAAGAAUCGAUGCAAAUAUGAUAAAAGAAAAUGAACCACCGGGAACAUACAUAGGAACAAUAAGCGCUAGGGACGUCGAUGGUGACAAAGUAAUAUAUUCACUACAGAAUUUUGUUGACGUAUUUGAAAUACAGGACGGGAACAAACUAGCUACCAAGGUCUUAUUGGAUUAUGAAAGAUUGAAUAAUUAUAGAAUUGUUGUUUUGGCUGAGGAUGAUGGUGACCCAGAAGGAAGACGAAAGAUAUUUUAUUUUAACCAGAGCGAAGAAACGCUGGUGAUUCAGGUCGUGAAUGUAAAUGAACAGCCAGUUUUUCUCAACUUAACCAAGGCAUUGUCAGUAAGGGAAGAUACAGAUGGUGGAGAUUAUGUUGUUACCUAUGCUGUAUCAGAUCCUGACUCUAGAGAAGAUCUAACUGUGACCUUAAUGGACAACUCGGAUACGUUCUCUAUAAGUUCGCCAUCAUGUAAAACAAUGUCACUUACCGGAGCAACUGACUGCACAGUAAACGUCAUUUUAACUUACCAGUUAGACGCCAUCAGAGCAGUAAUUUAUAGUAUUUCCUUAUCUGUUACUGACAAAAGUGGAUUAACUUCUACAGAAACUUUGGAUAUAAACAUACUAGACGUAAACUUCAAACCAACGGAUAUAAUAAUAGACGGCAUAUCCACAGAUGAGAUACAUGUGAAAGAGAACUCAAAAUCUGAAGUAAUAGCAAAACUUACUGCAGUUGACAGAGAUACUGACCAGAAUCAUGCGUAUAAGAUAUUGUCAAACACGAGCGCACUCUUCAAGAUAGACGGAAACGUGUUAAAGUCAAAAGCAGAUGCUGAUAUUGACUUUGAAACGAUGCACUCAAACUUGACAAUAGAGAUAGAGGUCACAGAUUCUGGAGAACCACCACGUUCAUUUCGAAAGUUAUUUACUAUCAUUGUUAGAGACAUCAACGAGGAACCGUCGGGAAUUACACUCUCGUCUAAUCAGAUUUCAGAGAAUUCACUUACAGGCUCAACAGUAGGAAGUAUUACUGUAAUAGACCAGGACAGUAAUCAGGCACAUAGACUGAUAUUAGUAAAUGAUGGAAAUGGACGUUUUUUCAUAGAUGGAAAUCUGCUACAAGUUGCAGACGCCGGAAAAUCAUGUUCGCAAGACUCUGGAUACAACUGCAAAAUAAAUUACGAGGAAAAAUCAACGUAUAAUCUUAGUGUUGAAGUGAUUGAUUCAGGGUCCCCACCUUUAGUAGCGUUGUAUAAUAUUACAGUAGAUGUAAAUGAUGUCAAUGAGAAACCAAGGAAUAUUAAAAUUAGUGAGAACAAGUUACAGGUAGGUUCACUUACAGAUACGCUGAUUGGAAUUUUAAGUGUGGAAGAUGAAGAUCAAAUUCAAGCGCAUACUUUUGAGUUGUUCCACACAUCUCAGUAUGUAAAUGUUAGAGGGAAUGGCCAGGUCACUCUCAAAGAGGGCCCAGAUCUAAACGAAGGUCAAGUCAUUGAUUUUAUCGUUAAGGCUACAGAUAACGGGAGUCCUCAAAUGUUUACAACAGAGACUAUCACCAUCGUAGCUGUCGGUACAGACAUGCUGACCGUCACGCUAGAAGCUGUCGGCGAUUCGGUACAACUAGAAGAUGGCAGUAUACAAAUGGAAGAAAAUAACCUUGUGGGAAAGAGCAUUGCUAUGUUAGUGGUGACGUAUCCUUUGGAAGAUCAUACAGCUGUCGCAACAGUUGUAAAAGGAGCAGAAAAUGUCCAGACUGGAUCCAUGGAAUGCAAAAAUAUUGAUGGUCAAACAGCUUGCGAAGUUGAACUAUUACCACAACGUGCUAUGGACUAUGAUGAGACCAAAUGGUUUGACGUUAUGUUGAAAACAACUGCAAAUCAUGCUAAAUCUAUUGAUACCUUCCGUAUAUAUGUGAAGAACAAAAACGAAGCACCGACAUCUAUACAGUUUGGUUCCGGCAUGAUUGCAGUCAGCGAAAACUCUAACAACCAACUUCUGGGCCAGUUUUCUGUCAGCGACCCGGAUAUGUCAGACUCUCAUAUGUUUACAGUCUCCGAAAAUAAUAAAUUUGUCAUCACCGAAGAAGGAAAGAUAUUUACGUCAAAUGAUGCGGAAAUCGAUUAUGAGAAUGACAAGUAUUUAUUGAUAACGGUGACAGUAACUGACGUAGGUGCCCUUAGUCUUACACAAGAUUUCAAUGUGACUGUGACUGAUGAAAAUGAACCGCCAUCCGGGUUAUCUUUAAGUAACAAUAUGAUCCCGGAAAUGUCACCAAAUGGGACUGAGGUUGGCACAUUUAUUGUUAGAGAUCCUGAUUCUGGACAGAGUCAUUCUCUUGAGCUGGUGUCACAAACAGAUGCCCGUUUCAUAAUAAAUGGAUCUAAACUUAUGGUUGGAAAUGACGGCCCACAGUGUAUGACAAAAGGAGGCACUCAUUGUUUGUUAGAUUUUGAAAGUCAGUCUGAGUAUGACUUGACAGUGAGAGUUACAGACAGUGGUGCUACAAACCUAGCUGCAACUUUUGUCAUUAAGGUUCAAAUUACAGAUGUUAAUGAUACGCCGACGUCUGUGUCAAUAAGUGCAAACAAAAUCCCUGAAGACACGAACAUUGGGACUAUCUUUGCGGUGGUAGAUGCUUUUGAUGAUGAUAUUGGACAGACCUUAAUAUUCGAUAUAGCUGAUAAUGAUUAUUUUGAUAUUGAAGAUGAAAACCUAUUCUUGAUAAAAACAUUAGACUAUGAAACAUCACCAGAGCACAAUAUUACCAUUUUUGUAGCGGACGACGGUGAGCAGCCUUCUACGGCUACAGCAGUAUUCACAAUACGCGUAAUUAACGUAAAUGAACCACCGUUUAGUAUGCUAUUGUUCUCUACUGCUAAGAGUACUUCAUUAUUUGACGUUGAUUCACCAUCGAUAUCAGAGAACUUGGCAACGUUAACAUAUAUUGGACAGGCUGUUGUACUGGAUGGUGACAAAAUGGACAAACUUUACAUUGAAAGCAUCAACAGUGAUGUAGAUGUGAGAAAUGUUCAUUGUAUUCCAGUAACUAAGGGAACCCGUUGCACUGCUGAUGUUAGGUCUGGUCGUGUGUACGAUUUUGAAGAUGAACAAUCAUUUACAUUGACACUCAUAACCACUGAUAAUGGUGGACUUCAAAUACGGAAUGAAAUGACAUUACAAAUAACAGACUCAAAUGACCCACCAACGAAUAUUUUUUUGAAUGACGCUGAAACUUCAGAACUAGUAAUUCCUGAAAACUCAAGAAAUAUUCUUCUUGCAAAGCUAAAUGUUGAAGACAGCGAGGAAGAACAGCGUCAUACAUACAUACUUGGUGGAGAUAGUUCUUUUCUUCUUAUCGCUGAAGAUGAGCUUUGGAUAACAUCAGCUGCGACACUGGACUAUGAGACUAUUAGAGAAGUUCAUUUUACUAUUCGUGUGACGGAUAAUGGAAUUCCAUCACAAUAUUUCAUCAAAGAAAUCUCUCUCAAGUUAACAGAUGUCAAUGAAGCCCCUUCUGAACUGUAUAUGACAAAACGCACUAUUCCUGAAACUGUUAUGGCGGGAUAUGAAAUUGGACAUAUUGUAGUAAAGGACCAAGACAACAUCAACAGUAAACAGAAACAAGAAUUUAACUUCAUGAUACCAAAUACAGAGUCAUUGUUAAGGAUAGAAGACAACUUGCUGUUGGUUGCGUCACCAGAAUUUGAUUAUGAGACCAAAAAGGAAUAUGAAGAAGUGAUCGUUGUAAGUGACAGUGGGACACCAGUCAUGUCUUCAACUUUUACCGUCUCUUUAGAAGUAACAGAUAUAAAUGAGGCACCAACCAAAUUGGAAUUUUAUGGGAGAUACAACGUGCUUGAGAGUGCAGAAGUAGGUGAAAUCGUAGGAACACUUUUCGCCCGAGAUCCAGACGAGGGACAAUCUCUUGAAUUUAUUGUGCUGGGAACGAAUCUACUUUCAACUGAUGGUACAAAUGUAGUUGUUAAUGGACCUUUAGAUUAUGAGACUCUGAAAGAGGUUCAAUUUACUGCAGCUGUUACAGACAAUGGCUUACCACCUUUAACGUUGAAAAAGAACUUUACAUUGUCAGUCACUGAUGUAAACGAAGUGCCGACAGAUAUAUUAGUCGUUAACAAUAAUGGCAUGAAAAUACCUGAAGACAGUCCAACUGACGAACCGGUUGUACAGCUGAAAGCUUUCGAUGAAGACCUGAUAGAAAGAGUACAAGCCAAAAUCGUAUAUGGAAUGGAAUUCUUUAAGCUUGUGUCACCCGAUUUAAACUGUUUAACGGCAAGUACUGGACAUUCAAUUUUAGUUAUAAAUUGUGUAAAAGUAAAUUACACUGGCUCAGUUUGCGUAACUAGUCUCUAUUUGCAAAAGCCGUUAGAUUUUGAAUCAGGUCCAAGAACGAUUGAUGUUUCUCUGAAAAUUCAAGACAAAGGUGGCUUAACAUUGCAACGGACAUUUUCCUUCUCUGUGACAGACGUUAAGGAACCGCCAAAAGAUAUUAUCCUCGACACUGAUGCUGUAUUUGUACCAGAAAACACCCCAAAUUUCGCGAUAGGUAGACUUUCCACUGUCGACGAUGACAGACAAGGACAUACAUACGUUGUUGUUUCACACUGGGAAACAUUCUCAAUUGUGUGGUACAAACUGAUCGCACGAUUAGCACUAGAUUUUGAGGAACAAGAUACUUAUAUAGUUACUGUCAGAUCACAGGACAAUGAUCCCAAUCCCAAAUAUCUGCUGAAAGACUUUACAAUACUGGUUGGUGAUAUAAAUGAAAAGCCUUCCAAAAUAGAAUUGGUACCUGCAGAGAUUACAAAGACAGCAAGCGUUGGAGAUGUGGUGGCACAGAUUUAUGUUACUGAUCCUGAUAAUAUUGGAAGGCCUGAUUUUCAGAAUCAUUUAUGUGAAAUAUUUCCUGAUGACUACUUAGGUGUUGAUAACACAUCUUUGGUGCUUCGGUUGCAAGUCCCGAUACCAGAAGAUAUUUGGAAUAUCCCAGUGACGAUCAGAUGUACCGAUACAGGAGUACCGGCUCUCUCAGCAGCUUUUGAUUUCAGUAUUAUGGUUGUAGAAAACGUGAAUGUGCCUAAAGAAAUUCAGCUGUUGGGCCCGUCUGGAAGUAAAGACGUGUCUGUCGAUGAAAACACAGCAGAUGUCGUUGUUGGAAGUUUAUCUAUCCUUAAUAUGUUGACAAAACAAACCUUACAACAUGAAGCUGAGUUCAGUUUGUCUAAAAAUUCUCAAGACAUGUUUGCAAUAAGUGCAGAUACAUUACGUCUGAUGAAACCGCUGAAUUUUGAGACCCUACCGGUUGUUGUUGCUGAGAUUUUCUACAAUGUCACAGACGCAUCUGGUGACAGCUUUGACCUUGCUAAACAUUUUGCUAUAAAGGUGAAAGAUGUUAAUGAACCUCCAAUUCAUGUUGAUAUAAACGGAAAUAGAUCAGUUACUGAGAACACUGAGCAGGGAACAGUUAUUGGCUACUUAAAAACCUAUGAUUCUGAGCAAUAUCAGAAUUACACGUAUACCUUACUAGGUGUCAGUUAUGGGCUAGACGCAACAGACGCUGAUGUAGAAAUGCUGAAUGCUUUUGCUAUUGAAGAUGACGUGUUGAAAGUAGGGAAAGAUGUCCAGUUUAUAAAUUACGAAAAACAUAGUAUAAUUACUCUCCUCGUAAACUCCAGGGAUUCUGGAGAACCUCCGUAUAACGUAUCUGAUAUUGUUAGACUUUUAGUAGAGGAUGCCAAUGAUCCACCGACAGAUAUUAUGCUGUCAAAUUUUGAGAUUCCAGAAAAUAGUCCGAUUGACACAGUUAUUGGAACAUUUUCCGUAGUUGACGAAGAUGGAGAUCGGCAGCAAAAAUGUGAGAUACUCAAUCUUAUAGAUGUUCCAUUCAAGGUACAUGACCUUUAUAAGUUGGCGGUUGCACAGAACAGCCUUGAUUUUGAGUCUCAGAUGAGUUACAAUGUAAAGGUAUCGUGUGGAAACAGUCUUAAAGAUGGAACGAAACUUAGCUUUACCAAGGCAUUUAUUGUGAACAUUACUAACGUUAAUGAAGCUCCAACAAACAUUACUAUAUCUGCAUACAGCAUUGAGGAAAAUAAUAAGAGAGGACAAACAGUUGCAGAAAUAAGAGCCGUGGACCUUGAUAGCACAAUGAUUGUUUACUCCGUUGAAGCUGAAGAGGAUACAGCUGCUUUUCGGAUUGAAGAUAAUUCAAGGCUCGUCGCUAAUGAUGUGUUUGAUUAUGAAUCAAGGGUUUUCUAUCAUAUCUUUAUUAAAGCAACAGAUGACGAAGGGCAAUUUACACUGAAAGAAUUUGAAUUGGAGAUAACGGACAUGAACGAAGCACCGACAAGUAUAAAGCUGGACAAUCAAGUUGCCUCUGAAAGAUCUGAGCCUGGAAGUACUGUUGGACAUUUUACAACUGUUGAUCCGGACAGAAAUCAAGACUUUGUUUACACAUUAGACAAGCAGUACGGUAGCUUCAGUAUUAGCGGUAAUACGCUGCUAGUUGGCGAGACUGGACUUGACUAUGAAACAAAGUCGUCCUACAAUGUAAAGGUGACCUCUGUUGAUAACGGAACUCCGGCUAAAUCAGUCCAACAAGAGUUCUUUAUCGAAAUAAAAGACGCAAAUGACCCACCUGAAAGGAUCACAGUAAACAGGUUAGAAGUGGUACCGGAAAAUGCUGUGAUGAAUACGGUGAUAACAUCGUUUAAAAUUGACGAUCCAGACACUGAUCAAAGGCAUGCCUGCAGCACAGAAAAGAGUGGAGAAUUUAUCUCUGUACGUAUGGAAACUAACGCCGAUCCAAAGAUAGCACUGGCUAAAGAGUUAAACUACGAAGACACUAAUGCACUUGAUAUUUUGCUGACUUGUACAGAUGGGGAGUUUUCUAUUAAAAAGGAAUUGACUAUUUAUAUUAGUGACGUGAAUGAGGCACCCACCUCUAUCAAACUUAGCGGCUCAAACACAAUACUAGCUGACGCUCCAAACAACUUUGAGAUUGGGAUGUUUUCUGCGGAGGAUGAAGAUGUAGGACAAGCUCAUACAUUUACCAUCAGUGGACAAAAUUCAGAUUUGCUUACGAUUUCGACAAACAAUGAACUGAUUUUGUUGGCGCCUAUUUCUGCUAAACUCCUAGAAAGCUUUGAUCCUAGUCUGAAGUUUACUGUAACUGUAGCAGAUAGUGGUACCCCAAUGCUUACUUAUAGCCAAACAUUUACAUUGCCAAUUACAGAUGUUGUAAUUGAACAAGAAGGUCUUCCUGAAGUUACAAUCAGCUCAAUUAAAGUGAAUCUUACAAUGAAAGAUGGGCAUGUACUCGGCCGUUUAUAUUCAGAAAAUUUAACACUUCCAUCAAGAAUUCAGUUUAGCUUAGUGAAAAAUCCAUAUGAUAUAUUUUCAAUUGAAAAUAACUCUUUGUUAGUGCUAGCAACUGUAGUGGAAGCCAGUGUUGGAUCUUCACUAGAACUACGCGUUCGAGUUGAAGAUGUUGAAACACUUGAGACGGAUACAAAGAGGGUAGAUGUGUUGAUUGACAGGCAUACUAAAUGUCUGUUAGCAGAACCAAGUUGCAAAGAAAAUGAGAUAUGUGUUGAGCACGAAACAUAUCACGUUUGUGAAUGUAUUGAUGAUUUUAGACGUAAUUCAGACUAUAUAUGUACAAAGAUUGACGACUGCAAGGCUGAAGAAUAUGAUAGUGAGGACGAACACCAUUGUUUAAAUGGAGGAACAUGUAUUGAUGGCAUUAAGAGUUACAACUGCAGUUGCGCAGACGGUUUUGAAGGGAUACAUUGUGAAAUAGAGAAUAAUGGAUCUAUUGCUUGUUCCACAAACCCUUGUUUAAAUAAAGGUGUAUGUAAACAUAACGCAGGUAGGUAGUGGGUCGUUUUAAUACAUACUUACUACUCCACUAUGCCUUUGUUUCUGAAGUAUCUAACAUCACAAACGUUGUAUUUAUGUACAGAAGAUAUAUAUUUUUCACUGGUGCGUCUCAUGAUAUACUUAUUCAUUUUAGAGGCUUCUUCCUACCACUGCUUAUGCGCAAAAGGCUGGACUGGCUCGCAUUGUGAAGUCAGUGUGGAUGACUGUGAAGGUGCCACAUGCUUACAUAGUGGUACUUGCUUGGAUGAGCAUUUGACGUUUCUUUGUACAUGCAAAGAGGCAUGGAAAGGACUUCGAUGCGAGUACGACAGAACAGUUUGUCUCGAAAAACAGUGCAAUGAAACUCACGUGUGCGUAGGGACAACAACUUCAAACAGAACAUUGUGUUUCGAAAACGAGAAAUACGUAGUUCAGUUAGAAUUUGCAAAACCAGAUUUUACAAAUGUAAUAGCCUUUCAGGCUCGUCUGACUCAUUUUAUUCUACAAUAUGGACGUUUAACCACACUUACUAUUCCGGUAAAAAGACAAAAACGGGAUAUUAAUUCAGGAGAGCUGCAGAUAUACAUCACAGAUGCAGUAGAAACUGAGGAAAAAUUCAUAUAUUCAUUUGUUAUAAUCGACCACACUGAAGUACCAUUUACAAGGGAUGACGUCCUGACAAUUCUGUCAGAAAGGUGUCGUGAUUUGAAUUAUGGAGAGGUUACAGAGGAUGUUUUCUGUCCUUCAAUACUGCAAGCUAGUAGCUAUAGAAAGCCUACACGUCCUAAAUCGAGUUCUGCCACGGGUGUAAUAAUCGGAGUAAUAGUUACAAUUAUACUCCUGCUCGUAUUUACUGUGGGGAGUGUAAUCAUCUGGAAGAAAAAGAAAAGUAACACAAUCAAACCACAGACUACAGGUCAAGAAGAAGAUGUAGAUACAGAGGGAGACUAUGCCACUAUGCCAACGCAAAGCAGAGAACCCGACGAUAUAAUGCAGUUAGGACCAGCUGAGAACAUGCCUUUAACUGUGAAUACUAACUUUAUACAAGUAGCACCUGCACCAGAUGUUCAUGCAUACACAUCAGUGGUAUAGACCAUUUGUUUUGCCCAACAAGCGGAGAAACAUAUAUGACUGUACUUAAUGAACAACCCUAAAAAUGACCAGUGAGUCAAAAUACCUGCGGAUGUUUGUUUUAGAUUCACAUGACAUUCAAUAUCUAAUCUAGUUGUCCACAUAGCGGACACUUUUCUUGCUUACCAAAUAUAGACUGAAUACGUAUAUAACUGUCUUUUUCACUGCGUUUGUUCUGAUAUUAUAAUGCCUUAUGAUGGUUUUAUCAGAACAUUUAGUUUCCCUACAAUUUUUUCUACUAUUAUUAUUUAAAAAGUGAAAGUAUAUUAAUAUACUGCGCUUCCAGAAUCUUUCAUUUUCGAAAACCAACAUUUCAGUGUUUAUUUAGUUCUGUGGAUUAAUCGUGUAAUUAAUCAGACUUCUGAUUGAUUGAUUGAUUUAUUUCAGUACAUAAAAUACAUGGUAUGGUACAACACAAAUUAAAACAAAUUUCAAAUAUCACAUAUACAAUGACUAGGAAUUAAAACAUAUUGAACGACAAUUAAGAACCAUUACUAACAUAAAAUGCCAAUAACUGCAGAAAAAACAAUGUACCAGGACAUGUAUUCAUAAACCCAAGAUGACACAAAAAGAGGAAUGUGAAACCCCUUAUUUCCAUUGUGGUCCUGGGUGAAUGAUGACAUGUCCUAGCAAGGCACAACAACUUUGUAAUAAAUUGUGGUAAUAAAAUAUAGUUAAUUCUAUUUUACUAUACAUUAAGCCGGUGCUAUGGUGCGGUUUGGGUAUUGCAUACUUCAUUAUCUCUCAUUAACAGGCUAAAUCAAACCUAGUGCACUGUUAUUUUGAUUGGUUCCGUUCUCUAUUUCCGAAGGAUCUUCUUACAGAUUUUAUCAACUCUCACAUCAGCAGUCAUUAAGGAAGCCUCCUCGUACCUGGAUUCAACCUUGUUAUAUUUUCUGGUUCUAUAGGAGCAUGGAGUUUAUUCAAAUUUACUACUACAGAAUUUCGCUGGUGUCGCACGUUUCAUUACCACCCAAGAACAGCCCCAGUCAAACCCAGUCUGCUAUUGUUUUACUUGGUUGCAUUCUGUGCUUUAAAAAGGGUUUUCUUACACAUUUUUUAAACUUAUAAACUCAGAUAUUCUAUGAUACAUACGAUUUUGUAAAGAAAAAAAUACAUCGAACAAGGAAGACUUCAUGAUACAUUUAGUAUUGCAAAGUUCUGAUUCUAAAUAUGAUAGGACCUGAACAAACUAAAAUAAGAAACCAGGAAGUCUCGGUGACUGAGCUUAUGUAUUGGCUGUUAAGUAACGCACUUUUCAGUGUCUUGAUGCUAUCUCAUCUCAUUUUGUAAACAAUUGCCGCUUUUUAACUUGUAAACAUUUCAUAACUUGUAAAUGAUCACAUUAUGUGCAUGUCCGACAUUGCCGUUUAUUUUUAUGUAGGAUAAUAAGACCACGCGUUUAUCAUGCUUUCAUGAUACAUCCUGAACUACUUUUAACACCAUGUUUAGCUAUGGUUUUUAAUAAAAAGAAUUAUGUCUUGUUGGUUAUUGUUUGAUUAGUCUAAUGGAGAUUUUGCCGGGUAUCGACGAAAUCAUUCAUCUCCAAGUGGUAACAGACAAAUACUGAAAAUUCUGACUAUUCAAUAGUAUAGUUUGAAUUGAUAAUUCUAAUGAAAGCAAGAAGAAUUAACUUUAUCAGACUUAGCUGUUUGGAGCACAACACAUGUGGUCCUUUUUGCAAGGCAAAAUAUAUCAACAAUCUUUAUUUCUUUAUUCAAAAUGUCGAUAACAGGCGGACAGUUUUAUCUAUACCCGUAUAUUACAGAAAGAAGAGGGGACACCAGUCCGAGUUUGCACAUUGUUUUCUAACAUUAUCCAAUUUCAUUGUCUCUCGAUAUUUCUGUUUUGCUUCCUCUUCACGACAAAGCAUAUCGACACUACAAGAUUAAAAAUGGUAACAUGGGAAUGAUUUAUCGGUAGAACGAGAAAGACAUAAAACUGCCAACACAUUAUUGCAAGAAUAUGUGGGUUGUUUCGGAAAUGAUCGGAUGACUAUAUAUCGUAUAAGUGUGAUAGAUAUUAUGUUUGAUGUGACAUCACUGCUUUAAAUUGAAGUGAAAUGCACAUAUUUAAAUACGUCAAGCAAAGGUAUAUGCUACAUAGUAGCCGGAUAGAAUUUGUUUUAAUUUUUAGAUAGCCUGGCUAAUACUAAACAUUUAUACGCCUAUUCUUUAUUGACACAAAGUGUAGGAAGUGCUGAUCGCAAUUUAACUGUAUUUCGACAGCUUACAAAUAAGGAACAUGUUUUUGACCACUGAACGUCCUAUCCGAAUAUUAAACAU